ACGACCGCCAGUUGGACAAACUGACCUGAGGACAUGUGGGCCGACACCGGGCGCAGUUCGAGGCUCGCGUUACUGGUUGGUGGACAUGUAUAGUUGUGGACGAGUUCUCCGUCAACAGUUGGCCUCCUCCUUAAAGGCCUUCUCGUAUAGCAGAAUGGGUUCUGCAGGAAGUGCGGGCGCUGUCGGACCGCAGGCCAAAAUAGAGGACGAUCAUGUGAAGGAGGCACUGAAGAUGGACAAGGGCAGAGAGGCCAUAUUUAUCUCUCAAAGCGUAAGAGACCUUGCUGGCAAGGGCGACCACUUUUCUUCAACAGUUACCAGUGUUGAAGUCAAAUUCUCCCUGAUGGGGAAGCAUAACGUAGUGUCUUAUGUGGUAAAAAUAAGCCCACAUAGAUCAGAGGACCACUUGGCUGAUUUUCAUUUAUCCAUGAUGAAGAAAGAAAAUGAAUUUUUCAAGGAAAUCCUUCCGCAACUCAACUCGGAGCUGAAUUCCUUGGGGCACAGUAACUUGAGAAUGCCAAGGUGGUUAUACACAUCUUUAGAAGAGGAUAAAGAGCUGAUCUUCUUGGAAGACCUCCGACCUUUGGGCUUUAAAGUAUUCGACUGCAAAGUGGGCCUCGAUGUAGACCAUACAAACCUGGUCCUGAAGGAGCUGGCCCGACUCCAUGCAGCCUCUCUCCUGCUAAAGGCAAAAACGCCCUUGCAAGACCUGGCUCAAACAUUCCCGCACAUUGCUGUAGACUGGACCAGUUUAUCGGAAAAUGCGAAGAAAAUGCAUAACAAGACGUUUAGCGGGUGCCGAGGCCUUGUUGACCAACAUGAAGGGCUACGAGGUGGCGAGGCUGUGGUUGGCCAAGCAUCAGAACAACUCUCUUGAUCUUGUCAAACACUUUCUGGUCAGAAAUCCCAAGUUUGAUGUGAUUUGUCAUGGCGACUGCUGGGUGAACAACGUACAAUUCAGGUACAGUGAAGGUAAACCGGUUGAUGUAAUGCUCCUUGAACUCCAGCUGAACCGUCUGGCUUCCCCGGCCACAGACUUAAACUACCUUCUCUACACCAGCCUCCACGGCAAAGACAGGAAGGCGAACUGGCGGGACUUCCUCUCCUACUACUAUGACUCCUUUAGAAGUGUGAUGGAGGCUGGGGGUAGGGGGAUGCCCUUCACCCUAAAGGAGCUCCAUCAGGAGUACAGAAAAAAGAUGGAGUACGGUAUGUUGUAUGGGUCAAUAACGGUGUCGUUGGUGAUGAGGGAGAGCUCCAGUACCCUGGACGAGAAGAAGAAAAAUCCACAAUUUCUAUCUCGAUUCCUCGCCUUGUAUGGUGAACUGAUUGAGCAAGAGCGAUCACGUCUUUAAUGUUGCCCAGUGAAGAAAUAGCAGGAAAUUUAUUUAUACCUAAUGAAUUCGGCCUUGUAGCCGACUGUGGCAAUGUGGUGGACAUUGAUCCUGAACUGUCGGUGUUUUUGCAGGAGCCUCGGACCCAGAACCUACCAAGAGUAUCUCUAUGAAUGUAACUAAUUACUACUUGGAGUACCAAAUUUGGCAAGUAUCAACUUUUACUCGGACUUCUGAAGUCUUCGUGUAUAUAUAAGGGUAACAAUUUACCCUUUCACUUGCUUAGAAAGUUGAUAGUUCCACCAUUGUCCUUUAAUACCAAAUAAAUAUCUAUAAAUUGUUAAUGAUCUAAUUAUAAAAUUAAUAGGCAUU